AUGGGACGCACCAAGCAGGAUGCCUCAAUCGGCAUCAUCGGUAUGGGCGAUAUGGGCAAGAUGUAUUCCCAGCGCCUGAGCGAUGCAGGAUGGAGAAUCAAUGCGUGUGACAGACCUGAGAAUUAUGAAUCUCUGCAACAAGAGUUCGCUUCUCAACCCUUGGUUACCAUAUUCCCGAAUGGCCAUCUCGUUUCCAGAAUUAGCGACUUUAUUCUUUACAGUGUAGAGGCCGGCGUCAUCGACCGAGUCGUUGCACAGUACGGGCCAUCUACCAAAGAGGGCGCCAUCGUCGGUGGUCAGACCUCCUGCAAGGCCCCCGAGCUUGCAGCAUUCGAAAAGCACCUGCCUUCUGACGUAGAGAUCGUAUCAUGCCAUUCGCUGCAUGGACCCAAAGUGAAUCCCAAGGGCCAGCCGUUGGUCUUAAUUCAACACCGGGCGUCGGACGAAAGCCUCCGAUUUGUCGAUGAGAUCCUAUCGUCGUUCGGAUCCAAACAUGUCUAUCUCACCGGCGAAAUGCACGAUCGUAUCACCGCCGACACGCAAGCCGUGACCCACGCUGCUUUUUUGAGUAUGGGAACCGCAUGGCAGGCCAACAACCAGUUUCCCUGGGAAAUCUCGCGAUGGGUUGGCGGCAUCGAAAACGUCAAGAUCAAUAUCACCCUCCGCAUCUACUCGAACAAAUGGCACGUCUAUGCCGGUCUUGCUAUCCUCAAUCCGGCCGCCAAACAGCAGAUUCGCCAGUAUGCCGAUUCCGUGACCGAACUAUACAAGUUGAUGAUUGGAGGACACCGCGAGGAACUCAAGCGUCGGGUGAAGGCUGCCGGUGCCUCGGUGUUCAAGGAGGGUACGGAAGGACAAGAUCUGUUGUUGAAGGAUGAGGUGCUAGAUCGCUUCUCUCUGUCCAACCAGACUCGAGAGAAGUCACCUCCAAAUAGCCAUUUGAGUCUUCUUGCCAUUGUCGAUUGUUGGUCGAAACUUGGCAUCGUUCCCUAUGACCAUAUGAUUUGCUCCACGCCGCUUUUCCGUCUAUGGCUCGGUGUGACCGAGUACCUAUUCCGCAACCCCGAACUCCUGGAUGAGGCCCUAGACACUGCCAUUGAUGAUAAUACUUUCCGCUCCGACGACCUCGAGUUUACAUUUGCUGCACGGGCAUGGUCCGAUUGCGUCUCCUUCGGUGACUUCGAGUCUUACCGGGAUCGUUUCGAGCGGAUUGCGCAGUACUUUGCUCCUCAAUUCCCCGAGGCUGCCAAGCUUGGAAACGAAAUGAUGAAGACGAUUCUGGAGAAGACUGAGAACAAAUCUUAG